UAUUUAGACAAAACAAAAAAUUAUUGUUUUAUAUAUUAUUUUUUCAAUUUUUUUUAAAUUAAAAUAAAAUUAUUUUAAUCACCAAAAAUGGAUUCAAAACAACAACAUAUUAUACGAUCGGUUAACUACAAUGAUGUCGAUUACUAUUAUAAAUAUCAAUCAAUUAUUGAAUUAUUGAUUGAAAAACUACAAUCAGAGCCAAUGAAACUCUAUAUGACUGACAGCAAUAAUGGUCGCCAAUGGACCAGAGGUCAGGUACUGGAGUCGGCCCUUAGAUUUGGCCAAUACUUGCGUACAGAUGAUUGUUGUCGACUGGAAACGGGAGAAACGGUAUGUUUUAUAACACAUAGCAAUGGCUUACACGGUAUAGCAGUGUUGGGCGUAUUGGCCGCCGGAGGUGUCUAUAGUUCCUUGCAUUUGACUUCAACUGAAAAUGAAAUAGAUAGUAUGAUUCAAACAAUUAAACCAAUUAUAUUAGUCGGUUGCCAACAAAAUAUGAAACUUUUAAAUACUAUUCAACAAAAAUACAAAUUUAUCAAGAUUAUUCUAGAUUUAGACAGUAUUAGUGAAUUAUUAGAAAAUAAACUACCAGUGCCGAUUACACCGACACCGACACCGACAACACCAGCAAACUUGGCUACACUAUUGAUGUCCAGCGGAACAACCGGUUGGCAAAAGGCAAUCAUUUGGACAAAUAGCCAAUGGUUAGCAUUUGCAGCUGUUAUGCAGCACAGGGAUGUUGUACCCCUGACCACGGAUGAUAUACUACUAUCCGAUAGCUUUUCGCACGGUAUGGGUUUGGUUUGUCUGUUUCAGACAAUAGUCAAUGGCUGCCAAUUGAUUGUACUGAACGAUAACGAUUGCCAAUCGCCUCAAUCGGUAUUUCGGUUAAUACAUGACUAUAGGGUUUCCGUUUAUUAUAUUCUACCGAAUCAAUUGCAAUUUCUGGCCAAACAUUUCCAUGAAUAUGAUAAACAAUAUUUGAAAUCAUUGGACAAUUUGAUAGUCAUCGGCGGUGAUAUAAAUCAACAAAUUUAUGAUAAGAUUAUAGAUGUUUACGGUUUUAAACAAUUUAGAAGAUGUUUCGGUAUGUCAGAAAUAGGUACAGCCACUAUGGAAUCGGCGUCUCAGUUGAAUAGUCUAACAAUUAAUAAUAGUACGGACAGUCCUAUCGGUAAAGUUGUUCCCGGAAUGGAAAUCAAAAUUAUUGACACCAAUAAUAGUGACAAUAGUUUACCGGCCAAUCAAACGGGACAGAUAUGUUUACGCGGACCAACUGUAACACCCGGCUAUUUUGGUAAUCCCGGUGCUACCAAUCAAUUGUUUACUAACGAUGGUUUCCUAUUGACCGGUGAUUUAGGAUAUUAUGAUCAAAACCAAUGCUUUUAUUUUGUCGACCGUCUAAAAGAUUUUAUGCUUUUUAAUGGCAGAAAACUAUCGCCAAAAGAGUUAGAGUGGAAACUAUUGGCACAUCCAUUGGUCGAUAGGGCAGCCGUUUUGGGCAUCGAUGACCAACUGUACGGACAGAUACCCCGGGCCUAUGUUACACUUAUAGCCGACUAUACCGUUACGGAUAAACAAGCGAUGGAAAUGGAUUUACAACAGUAUGUAAACCGUAGGGUUAAUGACUGUAAACAGCUAAGAGGUGGUGUCAAGAUUUUAGAUAAAAUGCCCAUGACCAGUUUAGGCAAAAUUAACAAGAUGAAAUUAAAAAUGAUUAAUUAAACAUUAAUUUUUAUAAAUAAUUAAUUAAUUAAUUAUUAUAAUUAC